CCGGCCCACCUGCACCUCUCCACUUCCUCUUCACAGACUCUCUCUCUCUCUCUCCCCGACGCUCUCCAGACACCCUCUUCUUCCUUCCACCGCCGGAAUGGCCAAAACGCACGCCGCCGCCGCCGCCGCCGCCGUCCUGGCGGCCGUCCUCCUCCUGGCGACGGUGUGCGGCGCGUCGGCGCAGAUGCCGGCGGCGGCUCCCGGGCCGGCGGCGGCUCUCGGGCCGGCGGCGGACGAGUGCCUCAACAACCUGGCGAACCUGACGGAGUGCCUGUCCUACGUGGAGGAAGGGAGCAAGCUGACGGCGCCGGAGAAGCCGUGCUGCGGGGAGCUGGCCAGCCUGGUGGACAACUACCCCAUCUGCCUGUGCGAGCUGCUCAGCAAGGCCGACAGCUACGGCAUCAAGAUCGACGUCAACCGGGCGCUCAAGCUCCCCUCCAUCUGCCAUGUGACCACCCCGCCGGUCAGCACGUGCGCAGAGGCGGGAUAUCCGGUCGGGGCUCCGAUGGCGAGCGAAGGGCCUUCGGGCACGACACCAGGUUCUCUUCCGCCUUCCACCGCCGCCUCUUCUCCGACGCCCGGGAACACGGGCAACCGCGCUUCACGGAGCGCGCUGCUUUUAGUCGCCGGUGUAGGCGCCGCGAUCCUCCCGGUGUUCUUCCGAUUCUAGUCGGAGGGAGGGUCCUCAUUACGAUUCUUCUCACGAUUUCAUAAUUAAAUCGGACACUUAGAGACAUGUAUUAACGUUCUAUUCACGGCGACUUUGCCAGUAAUCAUUUCUGUGGUGUGAUUUUAUUCAA